AUGGCAGAAAUUGUCGAAGAAAGAUCUGGGAAAACUCCAAGUCAACCAGAGGAGCUAGACUACCCUUCGAUGUUAUCUAGACCGAAUUUGCACCAAGAAGAAGAAGAAGAAGAAGACUCUUCGCCAAUUGCCGGAAAAGAGUGGAUAAAGAUUGGGAAUGAGUAUUUCAAAAACCCCGUCGCAACAACAUCCCCACCGGACUUACGGGUCAUCAAGGAAUUUGCAACAGAUCCAUUGUUUCAAUCGGGACAGAACGAUAAUUGGUGCAAAAGAAAGUUCGAAGAGGCCGCGAACACCGACUUUGUUCCUGGCUCGCUGACUGAAUUUCAGAACAAUGGGUUCACCAAGUAUCAUGGUUUUAAUGUGCCAGAGAAGUAUGUGAAGCUGAGUGUUAUAAACGAGCUUUUUAUGCCAAAGCUUAAGACGGAGGAGGUUGAAGGAGAAAAAGAAAAGAAAACAGAAGAAGACUUGGCUUCUUGUUUCAGCUUUAGAACCAAGAGAGAGUACCUUUAUUGUGACUAA